AUGGCUCCCACCCUCACCUCCCAUCCAACCCUGCGCAUCAUCCCCGAACCACUCACCCCAGAAGCCUUCGCUCCCUUCGGCACCGCCAUUCGCUGUCCCCUACCACGCGAUCUCGCCUCAGCGCCUUCCAUCGCCUCGCUUCCUCCUCAUGAUCCCACCCCAGUCGUUGCAAACCAAUCUUCUGCCCUCAAGUACAGCCCCAUCUCCCCGCUCCUCGACCGCUACCCAGGCCAAUGUCCCAGCGGCCGCCCCUCCGCCGCUCGCAUGAGCAUGUUCUCCUGCUUCCCACGCAAGCUGCGCAGCGCACCGUCCCCCGGAUCUAAGGACAGCGAGACCAGCAGCGUCUUCGACGUCCGCAUCCUCGAGCGCCACCCCUUCACCACCCAGACCUUCACCCCCCUCGAUCUGUCCAGCCAGACCCGCGUGGCCGAUGCAGACGAACCGUAUUACCUUGUUGUCGUGGCGCCGACGCUGAAGGGCCAGACAGCGACGGCGGAGACCCCCGCGGGGACUGUGACUAUCCGUGAUCCUCCGGAUUUGGAGAAUGUCAAGGCGUUUGUGGCUCGCGGGGGCCAGGCGGUGACGUAUGGGGUUGGAACGUGGCAUGCGCCGAUGGUGGUGCUGGGCUCGCGACGGGUCGAUUUCGUCGUCGUGCAGUUUGCCAAUGGGGUGGAUGAUGAGGAUGUGCAGGAGGCUGCGUUUGGGGAGGGGAUUGUGGUUGAGCUGGGCAAGGGGGGUGCUCAGCGCCGCGCGGGGGGUGGUUCGAAGCUCUAA